AUGUCAGGGGGGGCGAUGACCCCCGCCAUGAGCACGGCCGCUGGCACGCCAGUAUCGCGCCAUUCCAACUACGACGACCGCACGCCGCUGCUAUCCGCCAGCUACCCCUCGUUGCACUCCUUCACGGACCGUGACGCCGACACGAGCGGGCUUGGCGACCGCGUGAUCCACCUCACGCACCGCCCGUCCUUCCGCUCUUUCGUCCUCGACGACGACCCCGACGUGGAUGACGACCACGACACCGUCCGCAGCGCGCGGCUCACGCCCAAAAACCGCCUCGGAGUGCCCCUGCUUAUAUUGGAAAACCGCGGCAGCGUCGCGCGCGACCACCUCGCUUCGGAGCGGACCUUCCUCGCGUACGUCCGCACCAGCCUCGCCAUCGCGGCCGCCGGCGUCGCGCUCGUGCAGCUCUUCCUCGUCUCGAGCUCGGACACCGAGCUAGGCUUGUUACGGACCGAUAACGGCCGGUUAAAAACGUACGGCCGCCCGCUCGCUAUCGCCUCUAUCGUCCUGGCGCUCUACCUGCUCGCCGUCGGCGUCUCGCGCUACUUCUCCAUCCAAGCCGCGCUCGUCGAUGGAAAUUUCCCGGUGUCGCGCUUCCGCGUCGGCUUCCUGACAGCCGCGCUCGCGUCCCUUAUCGUGGCGAUGUUCGCGGUGUUGCUCGUGCACGCGAAGUUUUGA